ACGGGACGCUUAGUGCAAGACAAACGGCAGCGAAGCAGUGCUCGAGUAAGGAAAAGUCACAGUUUUCCUCAAAAAAAACGAGGAAAAUGACCCGCCUCUGUAUCUGUGAGAUGUGCAGCUGUGGCCGCCACCGAUGCACACACCAGCCAACGGCCCUUUACAGGAAAGGCAGUAAGACUAAUGUGUUGUCAGAGUACUCAGAGAAGUAUCCUGCGUAUAAAGGGCACACACGGCCCAAGAGCAUCAAGCCCCAACUGCAGUAUAAAGCUCAUCAGGACACAAUGGAAGGAACAACCACCUUCAGGACAGACUACGUCCCGUAUGCGGUCACCCGUCGCCCUGAGAAGCCGCAGGCAGAGUAUAAGCCCAAGCCUGGAGAGAUCGACUUAGGAACGACUUAUAAACAAGACUUCAACCCGUAUGAAGUGCAACCAUUUGCUCCUUCACGUCCUAAAGAGAGAGUACAUACCAUGAAUGCAAAACUGGACACUGUACCCACCUAUAAAGAGGAUUUUCGUCAGUGGGAGAUCAGCAGACGGGAGCUGACGAAGCCGGACACUCCGUAUCAACCCCCCGUUACAAAGUUCGGGAAUUCCACGACAUUCCAGGACGAUUUCAUCCACAGAGGCCUCGUCCCACGCGAGAGCUACAAGCCCCCUAACAUAGCCAAGCUAUCCGAUGCUCCUUUCGAAAACAUGACCAGCAACAAGCUCUCCUACGUUCCGUACGCCCUCGAAGCCCGGUACGUCAAACCACCGACAGAAUACAAACCCAACAGCCAGCCUUUCCAGGACCUCACCACCCAUCGCCAAGACUAUCAAGGCCUUCCGAGUCAGCUCACCAAAAGCUGCAAGCCGGAGCAGCUCAAAGCGGCCUCCAACAAGCCCUUCCAGGGCAGCACGGAGUUCCGUGAACGUUUCCAGCAGUGGCCCGUAUCCCUCCGGCAGGUGCAGAAGUCUGGGGAGUACACGAGUCCAGCGGAGCACAUGGACCUGACCACCACCUCCCACACCGACUACAUCAAGCACCAAAUCCAGCCCUUCGUUUCCGCCAAACCCUUCUUACUUCCCGCCAAGUCCUCCGUGCCCUUCCAGGGCAGCACCACCAUGAGAGAGGACUUCCAGCCGUGGGCGGCUCCCCGCCAAAGCAUGAUCCGCAAACAAGAGGAAAUCCAGCGGGCCAGCGGGAAAAUGGAAGAUCUGACCACCUUCAGGGCUCAUUUCAUUCAGCACGAAGCUCAGCCCAGUUUCAGCUUCAAGCCCCAAAACGCACCGCUGCGAACCGACGCUCCCCUGCAGAACGACACCAUGUACCGCUCAGAGUUCACGGCCAAGAAGAUCAGCGCGUGUCCGGCCAGCUUCGAGUCUCCUCCGGGGUUUGUUUUCGAUAAUUACGACGACCGAGGCCACCGCUUCUUCCGCAAAAUGGCGUCUGCGGACAACGCCGAGAUGCCGAAGGAAACGGUCUUGACGGCUUAAGAAAGUCAUCCGUCAUUUCCAUAAAAGGAACCGAGCAUGCGAUAUGAUUUCUCUAAAUUAUUGUAAUCCUACGGGGAAUUACGGUUGAAGGUCAGCGGGUUGAGCUAUCUGUCAUAAAAGUAGUUUAAUAUUUGAUCUAGUUUUAAAUUUUCAGUAGGAUAAAACUGCAGCACGGUUGUAGGAUAUAAACUAUGCGGCGUGAGUGCUCUUAUGAUAUGUUUUUGAAAAUGCAUAUUUAUUAGUUCAGUAUAUAUUUCGAAUACACGCUGUUCUUUUAAGGAAUUUAAAAAAAAAAAUGCAUAUCGCAGUUACCACAAAAACAUUAAUCAGCACAAUUGUUUUCAACACUGAUCAAAAUCUGAAAGCUUUAUGGACGAAUCAGCAUAUUAAAAUGAAAAAUGAAUCAGCAUAUUAAAAUGAAAAAUGAAUCAGCAUAUUAAAAUGAAAAAUGAUCGUGUAACACCGAAAACUAGAGUAACAGGAAUAAAUUACAUUUUAAAAUAGCAAACAUUAAUAAUAUUUACAAUUGUACUGUAUUAUAAAUGGCCUUUUAGUUAAGUUUAGUUAAGCUUUUCGCAAUACACGAUAAUUGAUUGUUUGAACCACAAUAUAGAAUACAAAAAUCAAUCAUUCUAAAGAUACAUGAACUGAUUGGUAAAACUGUAUUUAUUGUUUUUGCAUCACAUAGACUAUUUGCAAUAUUGACAUGUACAGAACCAAAACUGGCACUUCCUUAACCCAGUCAUGUAGCGGCACUUUCUCCACACGAUGUAGCAAUAAAAUGCAAUGGAUUAAAUUCAUGGAUAAAUUCGGUGAGUGGCUUAUGUACAACAUUUGUUGAUGUACUUAAAAUGCAUGCAUAAAGGCCAGUAGGAAACCAUUAUAUUAGAGAUAUGCAUAAAUCACUUCAAGUGCUAUACGUACGUAGGGCUGUGUUGGGUUUAAUCUUAAAUACGGAUUACAAAGACAAACUAAACCAAGUAAGAAAAUAAAAUCCAAACUCUCUACACUCAAUGUACAAUAUUGCACUUAAAAACACAUUAUAUACAAGACAUAUUUUACAAUGCAGCACAUUGGUUGAACACAAAACGUACAUCUAAAAGACGGCUGGAGAAACGGGACUUUUACGGCGCAUGCCAUUUCAAUCGGUCAACGUGUUUUCGGUCAUACAUUCUACGUCCAUAUCGAAAAACCACCGCGUGAUAUCAGAGUCGACGCGAAAACAAAACGGACCCUUUUUACUUAAAACAUGCUACUGUGUUCGUCUUUGACGUUUGACAAAAAAUAACAACUGUAGCUCAGAUCCCGCCAAAGUUCAUAUUGACUUUAUAUUUCACAAUUCAGAACUUCUUUUGUGACAUAAACUCAGAACUGUGAGACGCUAACUUCCGAUUUUAAGAAGAAGGAGACUACCUUUUAUUUAUGUUUAUUCCUUAGUAGACGCAACGGUCCAAAUUCUGACUUUAACCGUAAAGUUAUAUUUCAUAAUUUAGCCAGGUCUUAGAAUUACUAGUUUAUCGCAAUUCCGAUUUUUUUCCAGGACAAACGUCAAAAUUGUGGGAUAUCACAGAUUUGAUAUUAGGCGGGGGGGGGUCUACUUCGUAAGAUACAAAUGAGUAAAAAAAAAGUCUUAGUGUGUUUAUUUUUCAUUCAAAAAACUCGAUUUC